CCACAUCGCACGCCAUCGAUCGCGGCACUAGCCUUCACCCCUCACGUCUGCACGCCCGUCAGCUCACUACACACGCGCCAUCCCUAUCGCAGCUACGUACUACUUGUCGAGCGUGGACACGUGGGCGUUAGCUUGUGACGCGCACGUGGCUGGCCGGGAAAGCGUGCUGACCAUCAUCCAUUGCCGGCCUCCGACCGCAUCCCACCUUUGAUAUCCCUGCAACCACUACUACAAUGCUCGUCUACCUUUGACUUUACCCUGUUCGCCUACGUUGUCUGCUCGUUCGUUUCUCGCUCGGGCACUUGCACAUCUUCUGCAUCUCAGCCUCGCUCCCUAUUCUCAUCAUGGUCUCCAUCGAAAAUCCGCUUCCCCGGCUACGCAGGGUGCACAGACACAAUGUCGAAACCUUCACAUCGACACCUCUGGCAGAGCUCUCUGGGUCGCUGGGCGACCUGGGCACACUCUUGCCACUCAUGACAGCCCUCGUCAUUACUAGGUCCAUCUCCUUACCCGCGACACUCCUCUUCACGGGAGCCGCCAAUAUAUUGACAGGCGUCGCAUUCGGUACUCCACUGCCGGUGCAACCCAUGAAGGCAAUAGCAGCCGUAGCCAUAGCGAGGAAGUUUACGCUGGAAGAGACCGCCGCUGCUGGUAUAGUGGUUGCAUCGUUGGCUGGCAUGUUGAGCGUCACUGGCCUCAUCAACUACGCGAACAGACUCACCCCUAUCCCUGUGAUCAAGGGCAUCCAGGUCGGUGCCGGCCUGUCUUUAUGUCUCAGCGCAGGUACGAAGAUGCUUGCACCGCUUAGCUGGACUGGGCCAUGGUGGGGCGAUAAUUUACUGUGGGCUAUCGCAGCAGUGGUUCUUUUGCUUUUUACAUUCGCAUACCCAAAAAUGCCUUAUACCUUGAUCAUCUUCGCGGUCGGCAUCGUCCUCUCCAUCUUAUCCCCAGCCAGCAGCACGUCAACACCAGCGGUAAUCGACAUCCCGAUACUCCAUCCAUCCGGCCAGGAUUUUUGGAAAGCUACCACGACUGCAUCUCUAGGUCAACUUCCCCUUACCUUGCUGAACUCUGUCAUCGCGGCCGCGGCACUGGCCUCCGAUCUAUUGCCCUCGCCGCCAUAUCCCGCAGCUCCAUCUGUGACGGAACUAGGUGUUUCCGUGGCUGCAAUCAAUUUGGUAGCAUGCUGGUUUGGCGGGAUGCCCACUUGCCACGGCUCAGGCGGUCUAGCGGGGCAGUACCGCUUUGGUGCACGCAGCGGCGCCAGCAUCAUCUUCCUCGGUGCUCUGAAGUUCAUCCUGGGCAUCAUCGCCUUCUUUGAACCUGGGCCCAUCGUCAGUGUUCUGUCUGGAAUACCCAGCUCUCUUCUUGGUGUGCUUAUUCUUGCGGCUGGAGUCGAGCUAGCCAAAGUCGGCGAGAGCGUCAACACGAAUGCUCGUGAUCUGCGGGUGCUGGACAGAAGUAACUCGUGGGACGGAAAGAGGCUGAAAGAGCUUGGCGAGACUGAGCGGAAAGAAAGAUUCACGGUGAUGCUGGUCACGGUGGCGACGCUGUUGGCGUUCCGGAAUGAUGCUGUUGGUUUCAUUGCCGGACUGGUGUGGCACUUCGGGUUUAAAGCUGCCAGAAGGGCAGAGGAAUGGCGGGCGCGUCGCGAGGGUAGACCCUUCUGGAGGUCUGUCGGGCAUCGGCACGAGGAAAGCGCAGGGCUUUUGGCUCACGAAGAGGAACAGAGAAUUGCUUGAGUUCUGCGUAAACCCAUUCGGCUUUGAUUUCUUCUUCUGUAAGCGUUAUGUUGUCAUUGGCCGUUCCAUGCAAACAUCUCUCAGCCAAACGACGACG